AUGACAACGCCCAACAAACAGAAUAUUCAAGGCGAUAUUUGGCCCCGUCUUCCCAAAAAAUGGGAAACCUUCCAUUUCUUUCGCAUCACCCGGCCUGCACUAUUCAAAGAACAUCUAGCUCUACUCGCUCCAUUGCUCACCACAGCUCAGGAUGCGCAGAGAAUGAGAGAAGACAUUUACAAGAAGAAGGAAGAGGGUACCCUGAAAGGUCUUGUUAAGCUAUCGGGGAUCAACAUCUCGUUCUCUGCCAAGGGUCUGGCCAAGCUCGGAGCCGAGGGCUUUACUGAUGACCUUUUCAACAAUGGCCAAUGGCAAGACAUGACCUACCCAGGCACUGGUGAAGAUCCAGCGAAGCACCAAGGUCUCGAUGAUCAACAGGACUGGUACCAUCAGUUUAAGCCACGAAAUGGCUCUGUUGAUGGCGUCUUCAUUGUCGCUGGUGAUAGCGAGGCGACUGUGAAGAAAACCAUUGAAUCAUUGAUUGAGAAAAUUUUCAAUGUUGGCGGGAAAGAUCAAAGCCUUCAGAGAGUCUUCUCCCAGUCUGGUCACGUUCUACCUGAUGACAGAGAACACUUUGGGUGGGUUGAUGGUAUUUCCCAACCCAGUGUCAUUGGCUUGGACGAUCUUUCUAAGAACAAAUCGCCUAAUGGCUUGAAACCAAUCCCCGCUGGUACCAUCCUUGUCGGAUGUGACCAAGACAAGACCAAGACCCCAGGAUGGGCCAAGGAAGGUAGCUUCAUGGUUUACCGCGUUUACGAGCAGAGGACUCCUGAAUUUGUCAUGUGGUGCGGCAGGAAUACCCCAUCUGUGACAACUGAGGGCUUUACAGAGAAUGCAAAGAAAGAACUUCGCCUCUUCUCAUCGCGUGUUAUGGGGCGAUGGCCUGAUGGUGCUCCUCUGGAACUUUACCCCGAAAAAGAUCCUAGCCAUAUCCUGAGCGCUGAUCCCCAUGAGAACACUGAGCUUCUAAAGAAAGAAUGGGGUGAUGAGUAUGAGAAGAAGUGGAAGGAGCAGGAGGCGAUGAACCACACUGAUAACUUCAACUACAAUGCUGAUAACCAAACCCGCUGUCCCUUCGCGUCGCAUAUCCGUAAAUGCGGACCUCGAGACGAUCACCCCUUCUACCAGAAGCAUCUUAUGCUCCGCCGAGGAAUUCCUUACGGUCCCCUGACCAAGAACGAGGAAAAGGCCGGUGGUGUGUCGCAGACUGAACGCGGAUUAUUGUUCGUUUCGUACCAGAGCAGCAUUAAGAAUGGUUUCCACACCGUUCAGAAAGAAUGGGCGAAUACCGCCGAGGGCCCUGACGAUAAAACCGACCAAUGUGGAGGUAAAGCCGCUCAAGGAAUUGACCCAAUCAUUGGCCAGGUUGCUCCUCACUCCCGUCAUGAUGAAGACCCCAUCAUAUACAAGGAGCCCGUCCCUGCUGUGAAUCUGCCAGACCCUCGACACCCUCCACCAGAGAUUAACGAGCGGACUGUCCCUAUUGAACGAUGGGUGAUUCCCCAUGGCGGAGAGUACUUCUUCUCCCCGUCGAUUUCGGGUAUCCAGGACCACCUGUGUAAGGCAUAG